UCAGCAGUUGGAAUCCACCAGCUGCUCCUUGGAAACCCUAUGGGACAGUUCUACUUUGUCCUGUAAGGUCCUAUGAGUAGGAAUCGGCUGACAGCAACUGGUUUGGUUUUUCUGGGGAGAACUAAGCAAGGUAACAAUGUAUCUGAAACACCUGUGAUGCAGAUGUCAGUGAUAGCCACGUUUAUUUUUAUUUUGCAAAAGACGGAACUGUGGAGUAAGCACAUUUAGGUAGAUAAUUACAAGAGAGAAGGUGAAUCCGAAAUUUUGAUUUCCAGACAGGCAUUCUUUAUUGACUACAUCGUAAGAUUAGUAGCUCUUUGGUGAGAGGAAUCUUCAUUUUUUCCACGACCUGCAAUGACAUUCCUAUCCUUAAUUGUCCACUACUAGGCUAUCUUGUCAUUAUUUUCAUUCUCUUUGGCAGUUUGGACCAUGGAAUAUAUAACAAAAAUACCUUCACACUUGUCUAAUAAGCUUCCGGCCUGUCCCCUGAGCCUGACACCAUAAGCUUCCUAGGUAAAGGAAGAAGUGCCCUCGCAACUCAACCUCCGCCAACACAAACAGCGUCAAACCGGCGCCCCGCCCAGUUGUUUGUAUUUUCUUCCCUUGGCUCCGCCCACCGACCACGCGAGGCUUGGUCACGCCCCUAAGCUCCAGCGCUCUGGGAGCCUAGCGCCUCAACCCGUCUACAGGGAUUCCCUCUCCAGCCAAUUGCAUCUGAGCAACGGCUCUGCCCCUAACAAAGAUGGCGCCGGAGGCCGCUGUGAGGGCAGGCUGAUCUGAACGCCCGAACCCGCGGCGGACAGAGAAGGCAGUGGUAGCAGUGCGGCCCCAACCAUGGAGGAGGGCGGCAGCGCUGGCAGCGGUGGCAGCGACAGCAGCACCAGCGGAAGUGGUGGAGCGCAGCAAAGGGAACUGGAGCGCAUGGCUGAGGUCUUGGUCACCGGGGAGCAGCUACGGCUCAGGCUACAUGAAGAAAAAGUGAUUAAAGAUAGAAGGCAUCAUCUCAAAACCUACCCAAACUGCUUUGUAGCAAAAGAACUGAUUGACUGGCUGAUUGAACACAAGGAAGCUUCUGACAGAGAGACGGCAAUUAAACUCAUGCAGAAAUUAGCAGACCGGGGCAUUAUUCAUCACGUAUGUGAUGAGCAUAAGGAAUUCAAGGAUGUCAAACUCUUCUACCGCUUUCGAAAGGAUGAUGGCACCUUCCCACUGGACAAUGAAGUGAAGGCCUUCAUGAGAGGACAGAGGCUAUAUGAGAAGCUGAUGAGCCCUGAAAACACACUUCUGCAAUCCAGGGAGGAGGAAGGAGUCAAGUAUGAGCGUACCUUCAUGGCAUCUGAAUUCCUGGAUUGGCUGGUUCAGGAAGGUGAGGCCACCACAAGGAAGGAGGCAGAGCAGCUUUGCAACCGGCUUAUGGAGCAUGGCAUCAUACAGCAUGUGUCCAACAAGCACCCAUUCGUGGACAGCAAUCUUCUCUACCAGUUCAGAAUGAAUUUCCGUCGGAGGCGAAGACUGAUGGAGCUGCUGAAUGAAAAAUCUCCCUCCCCGCAGGAAACUCAUGACAGUCCAUUCUGCUUGAGGAAGCAGAGCCAUGACAACCGAAAAUCUACCAGUUUUAUGUCAGUCAGCCCCAGCAAGGAGAUCAAGGUCGUGUCUGCAGCGAGGAGGAGCAGCAUGAGCAGCUGUGGCAGCAGUGGCUACUUUAGCAGCAGCCCCACGCUCAGCAGCAGCCCCCCGGUGCUCUGCAACCCCAAGUCUGUGUUAAAGAGACCUGUCACUUCUGAGGAACUCCUAACUCCCGGGGCUCCAUAUGCAAGGAAGACAUUCACGAUUGUUGGUGAUGCGGUUGGCUGGGGCUUUGUGGUCCGAGGAAGUAAGCCAUGCCACAUCCAAGCCGUGGACCCCAGCGGCCCUGCAGCCGCAGCAGGAAUGAAGGUCUGUCAGUUUGUCGUGUCUGUAAAUGGGCUCAAUGUGCUGCACGUAGACUACCGGACAGUGAGCAAUCUGAUUCUGACAGGCCCCCGGACAAUUGUCAUGGAAGUCAUGGAGGAACUAGAAUGCUGAGCAGGCAGACCUCCACCCAGCCAUUUCGCGUCCUGUGGGUGUCCAAAGCCAGAACAAGACAGAGUGGUGCAAUAACAAGACUUCUGUGCAGUGCAUGGCUUUGGACAGACGGAUCUUUUCUUCGUACAUACUCAUCUUAAUUUGAGUUUUAUAUACUGUUCGAUUUGUGGAAGAAUCGGGUAACGUCUUAAGAAAUAUUACGUCAGUGUAGAAAAUACUGGGGAAACAGAAUUUUACUACAUGAUAUAAUUGCCUUACUAGAUUUUUAUUUGUAGUUCUCAUUCAUUGUUUUUUUUUUAUCUUAAUUAGUUGGCAGAACAUUGUUGAAAGCCUGUUUUAGCCAAAACAACAACAUGCUAAAAUCUUCUUCAUGGGAGUCGAUACAGUAGUUUUUAGAGACUCUAAAUAGGUGCUCUCACCAAAAUUUGCAUGAAAUAAUAGAGGAUCUAGAUUUUACCUAGCUUGAAAUUAAAGCAACAUCCAAGCGUGGUUAACUAGCAUUUUGAAGAAAGUGCAAGUACUUAAAAGCCAUCAAAAAAUGUUUUUUUUUAAUCCUGCUUUUAGUAGCAACUUUGAACUUAACAUAUAUUUUCAAUUAGACAUUUGUUUAAAAAACAAAGCAAAACAAAGAACUCUUGUGAUGGAGGUGGAGGUGGAUAGGGGGAUACUACCUAAAAUUGUGUGGCCCCAUUGUCUUUUUCUGAGCCUUUUCGUCUAUAAAUCAGCAACAGCAGCUUUCUAAAAUUAAUCCUGAAUGUGUUGAAUGUCAAAACAGAAACAUAGAGCUCAAAAAUCAAGCCUUCUGGCAAGACUUCACUAGAAGAUGUCCCUUUAAGUGAUGUAUUCUGGAAUUUGGCUCAUAUGUGAUAAAAUCUUGAGCUCUAAAUUACCUUCUUGGCCUGAAUUUCUCUUAGCUUUCUAGUGUCACAGGUUCUAACAACAUGACACGCUGCUUGUUUGGGGGAAUUAUUUUUCACCAAAAUCACCAGAUUGUGUUGUAGCUUUUCAGCUCCCUUGUAUAUAUGCAUGUUUCCUUUUUUUUUUGAUCUAGAAAAGAGUUAAUUUUGGGGCUUGGUGUGUAGAGGAAAUUCCUCAAAGUGCCAAAUUAGGGAAUCAGAAUGCUAAAUUCUUCUUAAUUUCAUAUAAUGAAUUUUGAACGACCAGGUUACUUUCUUACCACACAUUUACAGAAUAAAAUAUGAAUAUUGUAGUUCAGUCAUUUCUUUGUGAUUGAUGAUCAAAAUGUAUUGGUACAAGUGGGAUAGACCAUGCUAAUGACUGUGUGUGUGUGUGUGUGUGUGUGUAUAAUUCAACUUUUCUGAUCUGUAGUUUUAGCCAGAGAAUAGGAUUGUAAAGUAAUGUAGAAUGUCUGACGUUAAUCUGUUGAUCUAAAUUGGAGAAAUAUUAUCAUCUCAAUGGAUAUGUGCAUUUAUACUCUGUGCCGGGCUCUCUCCUAUGGCAUUUAACAUAUAUCAUUUCCUUUACUCCUCAUCACAACCCUGCAAGGUAGGUAUUACCACCCUCAUUUUUCAGAUGUGGGAACUAAGUCUGAGCAAAAUUUAAAAUGUUCUUAGUUCACAUAGUUGCAAGGAUUACUAAAUGAUAUAGCCUGGAUUCCAGCACACAGGUCUGUUUAAUGUAAACAAAGCCCAUGCUUUUUGUUCCCUCCUCCCCCACUACCACUAUUUAGGGAACCUGUGAGGUCAAUGGAAACCCUCGUGGCAUACUGGUUAAGUGCUACGGCUGCUAACCAAAGGGUCAGCAGUUCAAAUCCGCCAGAUGCUCCUUGGAAACUGUAUGGGGCAGUUCUACUCUGUCCUUCCUAUAGGGUCGCUAUGAGUCGGAAUCAACUCGACGGCACUGGGUUUGGUUGUUUUUGGUGAGGUCAAUACUGUCAUUAUCUCCAUUAACUCGUAAAGAAGUUAGUCAUGUGCCCAAGGCUACACAGCUAGUAAGUUGAAGACUUUCCCACUCUGCUUUAAAACUUUUUGUAACAUCUUUAAAAGAUGAGUCUUAAAUACUUUCUGUCCCCAGGUGUUCACUAAUUUACAAGAGGAGGAGGAACUCCUUUCAGGAAGUAGCAUCUACUUCCCUGUCACUGCUACUUUUUUCUCACAUCCUAAUGUCUAUUAAGGAGUCCCUGGGUGGCCCCGGCUAAUGGGCUUGGCUGUUAACCAAAAGGAUGGAGGUUCCAGUCUACCCAGAAGCACUUGGACCAAAGUCCUGGUGAUCUACUUCUGAAAAAUCAGCCAUUGAAAACACUGUGGAGCACAGUUCUACUCUGACACACAUGGGGUGUCCGUGAGUUGGAGUUGACUCAAUAGCAGUUGGUUUAAUUUUGCCAUUGGUAAUGUUCAUUAUCUUGGACCCUGGCAGAAUAUCAUUCCCUACAGCCAUCCUGAGUACCAGGGAAGCUUCUCUCUUUAUCUACUCCAUACAACUUCCUGCCCUAUGAAGUUAAUUUGAAUCAGAGGGUUUCCUCGAUGUCUUUGGUCAAAUGCGUUACACUAAGUGAAAGAGAGAGAAACCAUUUCCUACUUUGGUUCCCAUCAACCCCAGUUUAAAGUCCAAAUACUGUAGAAUAGUACCUAAGGCCAAAAGAGACUUAGUUAACCUUCCUGUUCUCUCCUGACCGCCUCACACUGUAGUUAUAGUGAAUGUUCCCAAUCUCCUAGGGGUCCCAUCUUGCUCCCUCUGGUCUUUGCACAUAGUGUCUCCUCUCUGGGAUAUUCUUCCUUCUCCCUCUUUGCCUGGAAAAUUCUUUCUUCUUAUUAUCUCCCCUUAGAUAUUAUCUCCUCUGAGAGGCCUUUGCCAGCUCCCACUUCUGGGUACAUGCCCCUUCUCUGUGUUCCUAUGGACUCUUAAGACCACCCCCCCCCCACCAUUAUAGCACUGAUGACAUUUGCUUUGAAAUUGCCCUAUAACCUGUUUGUCUCCCUAACUGUAUUCUAAGCAUCAUCAGAAAAUGGACUAAAGGAUAUCCCCUUUGCCUAGCACAGUUUCAACACAAUAUGUCAGAUAUCCGUUACUGACUAAUAAACCAAAACCAAACCCAUUGCUGUUCAGUCGAUUCCAAAUCCUAGCUACCCUAUAGGACAGAGUAGAACUGCCCCAUAGGGUUCCUAAGGCUGUAAAUCUUUACGGAAGCAGAGUGCCUCAUCUUUCUCCCGCAAAGUGACUGGUAGGUUUGAACUGCCAAUUUUUUGGGUUAACAGCCAAGCACUUUAACCACUGCACCACCAGGUCUCCCUGCCUAAUAAACCACUCCCAAAAUGUGGCUUAUAACAGCACCAUUUGUUUGCUCAUGAUUCAGUGGGUUGGCAGUUUGGGCAGAGCCCCACUGGGAUGAUCUGCCACUGCACCACGUAGCGUUGGUUGGGUUCAUGCAUACAUUUGUGGUCAGUCAGUCAGGUGGUUGUCUCGGGGCUGUUGGCCAAGGUGCCUCAGUACCACUCCUGGUGGCCUUUUUCCAUAGCUAGCUCAGGCUUCCUCAUUAGGUGACUGAGAUUGUAGAGGUCGAGAGUAGAAGCUGCAAGGCCUUUUGUGGACUUGCUUAGAAGUCACAGAGUAUUGCUCCCAUAGCAUUUUGUUGGCCAACGCAAGUCACAAGGCUGAGUCCAGAAUCAGAAGGUAGGUAUUUAUACUCCACCUUUUGAUGGGGAAAAAAAAAAAAUGGGAAGAGCUGCAAAAAACCUGUGGCCAUUUUUAAUCCAUCAAGAGUAGAUGCUCACUAUUUGUUGAAUAAAGGACCAAAAAGUUACGUAGUUAUUGAAAGAUUUCAGCAAUCCAGGUGCAAAUUCCUGCCCAACCAAUGGGUAGUAGUAUACUAUGAAGUUGUGAAUAAAGCCCAGUGCCUAAUGAAAACUUAAGAAUUGGAAAGAUCCUAAAAUGAUAGUGCCACUCUGGGCCAUGGAGAGCACAGUUUAGCCUUUUCAUUUUACUAAUGAGGAAGCUUAGAUAUGGAAUGGUCAGGUGACAUGCCUAACCUCGUAUAGCUUGUUGGGGCCAGAGCCUGGGCCAAAUGCCAGCCUCCUUCCUACCUUCCAGCCCUGUGGCUUUUACAGUAUAGCCUUCUGCAGUUGAGGCAAUGCAGUGAAAAUAGGCCUUUGGCUUUGGGGUAUGCAUAAAAUGAAAGUGGUAUCAUAUGUUUAUGAAGGUAAGGUUAUACAUUUUAAUUGACUCAGGCCGUGGGUUAUUAAAUUUUAUCAUAAAAAUAUUUUGUGUUAUAUUCUGACCUGCUUUAAAAUUUUAGAACCCUAUUUCUAUUCUUAAAUGUAACACCAAGAGUUAUCCUCAGUUAACGAUAAGCAGUGUUUCUAAGAAAUUUUAUUUCAUAUAUAUGCAUGUGUCUGUGUUUCUAACCUUCAAAUAGGCAGUGUAUUGUGUCUCAGGCUUCAGUUACUGAGAACCUUAAAUGGCUUUCUCUGCUUCCUUAAAAAAUGCUUUUAUUGUUUAUGUGUUUGUAUGAUGCGUUUAUGUGUUUGUGAAGUAGUUUUGUUUCUACGUUAGCACAGUACGUGCUAUCAGUGCAAAUUUGAAAGUCAUGUUUGUUAAUUCUGUUGUAGAAAGACGAAUGAAUUGCCUUUAGGUUUGAUGCUAUUGUCUGAUAUUUACUUAUCAACCUCUGUUGAAUAAUUAUAUAAACUGGUAAGGGGAUUAGUUGAGAAACAGCUAGUAACGUAGAUACUCAUUUUGAGUAUGUUGGAUAUGAUCAACUUCACACCAUCUUAUGACAGGAGGAUGGUAGAAAUUGUUUUUUAAAAUCACUGUUUUUAGAUCAAGUUGGAAUCUUACUCGUUCUUUCAAAUAUGUUGUGAAAAUAUGGUUUUCAAGACUCAUUUAAAACUGAUGUUAUCAACUAUUCUUUCCUGUUGAGUAUUAAUCCUGUUUUAUUUUGAUUAUAAAUGGUUAGAGUAUAUUGAUGUCAUUGACCAUGAUUUUGCUCAUUUAAGGCAGAAUUUCAGGUGUAAUAUAUUCUUCCUCAGUUUGAUACUCAAAAGGACAAAUCUGUAGUGUACCAAAAUGAAAUUUAUCGUCCAAAUUAGCUUAUGGUGUUGUCAAAUGCAUUAAUAUAUGUACUUAAUGUGUUUAUUUUAAAAUUAGGUUGAGAUUUAUCUGUUUCCUUUAUUAAAAUCUGUAGCCUGAUAUUGAAAUUUCUAGUAUGAAAAUAAAUAAGGAGUAUAGCAUAAAAUAAAUGUUAAUUUAAAAAAACAAUUACUUCAGGGUUUCAGCUUUUCCUGUUUUUAGGACAAAGUAGCCAUUUUUUUAUCCUAAGAAAGGGUUUCAUUAUAGGGAUGAUCUACCACUGAUCCAUCAGAGAAAACACGUGGGACUCAUGUCUAAUUCUCUAAUGUAACCAAAAGUGACAUUUGUAAAGCUGCUUAAUGAUGGUGUUUUCUGAAGCUCUUUUGCCUGGGGAAGAAAAAGGAAUUAAAAAGCUUCUUCUGUACUGUGUUUGAUUCAGAAUCAUUUUACCCCUACAUAGCUCAGUAUUACUGGGUGUUAUGGAAUAUACUGUCUGGAAAAAUACCAUGUGGUUGUUCACUACUUUGGGAGAAUGUUACAUUUUUCAGACUUUAAACCAGUUAGGAAAUCAGUUUCAUAAUUCUAUGUGUGGGGAAGGGGGACAGUGUAAAAUAAGAGAAUGAAUGUUUAUUCAGCCUACUCUUAAUAUUAACCUGGAGAGCUUUGUUUUCUUCUCAUUCAUUCAUUCAUUCACUCAAGAAACUUUAUGGAGGACUUGUUUUUUUUGUUUUUUUUUUUUGCUGGUUGCUGUAUACAGGUAGCAGGAAUAUGAAAAUCGGUAGAUAUGCCCCUAGCUCCAGCUCAUCCUUUAUGAGUUUCCUUUGGACCUGUCUCCUAGAAGGCUUCUGUCCAUGGGGAGGGAGAAAAAUGAAAUCAUGGUGUUGAACAAGAUAGUGUAAUGCUAGAAACCACCAUCAAACCCAAGAACCCAGAACACAGUAACUUACAUUUCACUUUCCCUUGCCCUUUCACAAUGGUGAGUGUUGAGUUUGCCAAUUCUUGCUUUGUUGUUGUUCUUAAUAAUUGUUUAGUUUUAAAUUUUUAUGAGUUUUAUUAAAAGAGCAUCAUCGUGUAAUCUUUGGGACUUGCUUGUUUUCCUUCAGGACUGAUUGAUCAAAAUUUUUAGGUGUAGUUGUAAUUCGCACAUUUUUUCAUAGCUUUAUAAACUUCCAAGCCGUAAAUCAUUUAUCUGUUUUCCUGUCAAUGAGCAUUUAGAUUGUUUCUGUUACUGUUAUAAGUGAGGCUACUAUGGACGUUCCUAUACCAUCUCCU